AUGGGAAAGAAAAAGAAGAAGACUGUAAUGCGCCCAUGGUGCUGGUACUGUGAACGAGAUUUCGAAGACGAAAAAGUUCUAAUACAACAUCAAAAAGCCAAGCAUUUUAAAUGUCCACAUUGUAGUAAGAAGUUAAAUACAGCAGGAGGCAUGGUUGUUCACGUUGCUCAAGUCCAUAAAGAGACAAUAAGCAUAGUGCCAAAUGCGUUACCAGGUAGAGAAUCAGCCGAUGUGGAAAUCUUUGGUAUGGAAGGAAUCCCGCCGGCUGAUUUAAUAGCUCAUCAGGAAGCGUUGGAUGGUGAUAAUCGCACCAGUAAAAAACAAAAAGCAGACGAUGAUGAAUUAUCUCAUGAUGAAAUACAAAAACAACUUGCUCAACAUCAAGCAAUGAUGCAGAAUACUCCUUUGAACCCAUAUUCUUAUACUGGCUAUAAUUCUUCACAGAUGCCAUCAUUAAUGCCGCAUCAAUAUAGUCAAUUCUAUCAGAGACCUGUAGUAGCACCUAACCAACCUUUCCAGCAAGGUACAAUACCUGGUCAAGCUACUGCAACUGGUCAACCUUCUCUUUGGCUUCCUCCUGUCGCUGGUGUUACUCCAUUAUCAGGAUCGACACCUUAUAACGCUACCCCGUCACCUUUUACAUCGACAGUCAACACAGCUUUUCCUGGACCUCAAUUCCCUCCUAGACCAUUAAUACCGACAACAAAUCCACAAUCUCAAAUUUACCCAAUAUCUUCACAUUUACCUAUUCUUACACCCAGUGACAAUUAUAAUGUAUUUAGUGGUUCCUCUAGUUCUACUUCAACACAAUAUCAACCACAACAUGUUGGAGGAUCCGGAUUAACUCCAUCAGCUUCUGAAAAUAUAGCAGAACAAUCAUUUAAUGGCUCUAAAAAAUCAAUAUCUACUGUUCUUGUAUAUAGCGAUAACGAGAUUUCACCGGAAGAAAAACGUGCUGCUCUCGAAAAAUAUCGAUAUAGUGAAGAUGAUAUCAAAACUCAGGUGCAUGCUCUCGAUCUAUCUGUCGAAUCACGUAUUGCAAAUCUUAAAGGGAGGGUUUUGUGA